AUGACAAAACGUUGCACAGCAACAACAGAAACAGCUUGUGCUCCCUGCAAAGAGGAAUUCUUUAGUCCUGAGCACAACCACAACUUCUGCAGGAGCUGUACAGUCUGCGACGUUAUGAAGGGCAGCAGGGAGGUGAAGAAGUGUGAGAAGACCUCUGACAGGAUUUGCACGUGCGUGCCAGGGUACAUGCCAGCCGACAAAAACGCCCGGCGCUUUGCAUGUUCACCAUGUCCCGAGGGGUUUUAUUCCACAGGGGGCAAUGAAAGCUGUCGACCUUGGACCAACUGUAGUGUUCUUGGAAAGGAGACGCUUCGUGCAGGGACGAAAUCAGAGGAUGCCAUUUGCAGCAGCGAGGGGACCCAGCCAGCUCCCUCUCGGAGUGUGACAUCUGCUUUGCAGCUUUCCACCACUCACCACAGGAGUAAGAUGUUAACUGCAAUGCUCUCCUCAUCCAAACCCAGCGUGGUCCCUUUUGUUGUUUGCCCGGAUAAGAACACAGACACUAAUUGGGGUUCUUUAUCACUUAUCCUUAUUUGUCUGAUACUGCUCGUGGUGUCUGGAAUGUCCAUCCUCCUGUUGAUUAUCCAAGCAGCCAAAAAAGAUACCAAGAGGAGGCCUUGUAGGAACAACCAGCAGGGACCGAACUUUCGCCUUCCUAUCCAGGAAGAACAAGUCGACUCCAAUUCCAGCCUCAUUAAAAACUGACUCCACGUUGCAUUAGUGUUUCCUGCGUUUCUGAGCCCAUCGAUUGCAAUGAGUAAUGUGA